AUGGGCUGUAAGUUGCAGAAGCCUCGAGGGUCAGAUGAAGCUCCGGGGAAGAUUUUCUCCACCCUCAGAAGAGCACAAGUGGAGACACACUCAGGAGUGGCCUAUACAUACCACUUCCUGGACUUCCUGUUAGGAAAAGAAGCUUUGAUUGUAGACUUUUUUAGUGAUGUUACUGAUGAACAUUUCUUCUAUUUGUCCUGGUCGUUCUGGGGGAUGCAGGUGCAGGAUUUGGCUGAUCAGGGUGAUCUGUUUGUGGGUUUUUUGCCGCAACCCGGUGGAGGUCCAUAUUUCCUUGGUCACUGGGAACCAGAAGAUCUUUCCUCCUUGCACUCCAGUCCCUGUUCUGUGCAUCAGGGGCCUCCGACCCUCAGCUCUGCGAGCGAGCAGAGCCAACAGGAUAGAGACAAUGGGGAUCAUCGAAACCAGAAUCAUACAAACUUUAAUUCAGACAAUGAAGACUUUAUGAGCCACAGCUUUCAAAUACAAAGCCCUGAGAGCAGCCAGUGUUGGAAUAAUCAGAAUCCGUUCACUAAGUGUCCAAAUGUUGAAGGUGAAUGUACACAAGCUGAGGAUUUAAAGAACCAAGUGCCAUCACAUGAGUUUAUAUUAAGCUCUUGUGCACCAGAGCCACAUCAGAUCCAGAUUAUUAGAAUGCAGCCAAACUUGCCCAGCUGUGAUUUGGCAGAAAACAACAAAAGAGAGCACAAAGAGCAGGUCAAAAGCCAAGACAAACACAGCAAGCGCACCGGAACCACCCCGAUGCUGAAUCGUGUGCAGGUGUUCGCGCUGUACAACCAUUCGAUAGUUCUGGCGGGAUCGCCAAAGUUUUUUUCUUUGAGGGUUCCACUGCAGGUGCGCAGAGAGGCGGGGCUUGUUAGCUCGGUUGACUCCCAUUGGCUGGACCACAUGACGCAGCACUUCAGAAGUGGCGCGCAACUCAUCGACGGCUACUUUCACCUGGGAGACGAUGCAGCAUCUUCUUCCACUGUGGAGAGUGUUUUUAUCUUCCAAAGUGCUUCAGGUGAUGCCAGGCCAACCGCAGUGUAUGACGCCAUUGUAGUUGAGCAAUGGACUGUUAUUGAUGGUGUUGCGGUGAAAACAGACUACAUCCCUCUGCUUCAGUCUUUGGCUCCAUAUGGCUGGAGACUAAUGUGUGUUCUGCCCACUCCCAUCGUCAAAAUGAAAAGGUUCCAAAUCCAUACUAAACGCUUAAAGGAAGAGUUCACCAAAAGUAAAAAAAUUGCUGAAAAAAUUGUUCUCGAUCCAAGAUGUUGA